GAAAAAAAAGUGAUAAAAAGUUUAAAAUAUACUGAACUAACUGUUAGUUAAAUAAAGUGUUUAAAUGAUUAAUAUACCCUGGAGGAGUUUACGUGUGGGAGGUUUCUGAACAGCCCACAACGUCUCGUAUUUCAAAGCGGAACUCAAGUUGACUUUGAGCUGAGUGUCUGUUUCCACACGGACACAUUAUCUCGUAUUUUGUCAUUGUUACGUAGCGGAGAUGGCAGCCCUCCGAACGGCACUCCAUGGACGACUGGUUCAGGCUCUCCCCUUGUCCUUUGGCUCCCUGCGGUUCGCCAGUUCUUUUAAGGCCUCGGACCUCGUCAUCGAACGCAACGCAGCAUGCAAGCCGAAGCCCGACCCCUCCACCUUGGUGUUCGGCAAACAGUUCUCCGACCACAUGUUGACCAUCAACUGGUCGGCAAAGGGCGGCUGGGAUGCGCCUCAGAUCAAACCUUUCCAGAACCUGUCCCUGCACCCGGCCAGCUCUGCCCUGCACUACUCCAUAGAGCUGUUUGAAGGCAUGAAGGCGUUCCGUGGAGUGGACAACCACAUCCGCAUGUUCAGACCCAUGCACAACAUGGAGAGGAUGCAUCGGAGUGCCGGCAGAAGCAGCCUUCCUCUGUUUGAUAAAGCUGAACUGCUCAAGUGCAUCAAGAAGCUGGUGGAGGUCGACCAGGAGUGGGUCCCCUUCUCCCAGGACGCCAGCCUCUACAUCAGACCCACCUUCAUAGGAAUUGAGCCGUCGCUUGGCGUGUCUCCUGCAACACAAGCUAUGAUCUUUGUCAUCGUCGGACCAGUGGGGCCUUACUUCGCCACGGGGUCGUUCAACCCCGUUUCCCUGCUGGCAGACCCUUCAUUUGUCAGGGCUUGGAAAGGAGGCGUCGGGGCCUAUAAGAUGGGAGGUAACUACGGUCCUACGAUAGCAGUGCAGAACGAGGCCGUGAAGCGAGGCUGUCAGCAGGUCCUGUGGCUGUAUGGAGAGCAGGAGGAGAUCACCGAGGUCGGCACCAUGAACCUCUUCAUCUACUGGACUAAUGAGAAAGGAGAGAGAGAGUUGUUCACUCCUCCUCUGGACGGCAUCAUUCUCCCAGGAGUCACCAGACAGUCUCUCCUGGACUUGGCCAGAACCUGGGGUGAGUUUAAGGUGACGGAGCGCACGAUGGGCAUGAAGGAGCUGCUGGGGGCUCUGGAUGCUGGGAGGAUCCUGGAGGUGUUCGGAGCCGGGACGGCCUGCGUCGUGUGUCCCGUCGGCAGCCUCCUCUACGGGGAAAAGACUUAUCAGAUUCCCACGAUGCAGAACGGUCCGGAUCUGGCAAAGAGGUUCUACAAAGAGCUUACUGAUAUUCAGUACGGACGCACAGCAAGCGACUGGGCACCACUGGUCGUUUAAAGGCUAUAAUGCACAUGCCAGUUGUAUCAACAGUUAGUCUAAUGAUUCCAGUUUGGAUGACCAGCAGCCCCCCCCCAGCCCCCACCCACUCUGAAUCCACUAAUGCACUCCUGCUUACCCACCAACCGAGGAGACGGAUGCCUCUCCGCCGACUUCUACGCGUUUCUUUUCUGCGUGGACUCUCGUAGGAAUACGGUUGGUGGUUUGAAUGUAACCGCUUGCUUUGGGAAGCAAUAAUAACAACAAUAUGCAAUGUUUUGACCUGACACAAUCUUUAACCCUGAGGUAUGUAGGACAAAGUAGGAAAAACCUUUGUUGAUGGAAGGGGGAAAAAUCAUAAAGCAAAUGCAGCCAGAUGAUUAAACAUAAAAAUGUGAUGUGGCUAAUGGUGAUAUAUUGAUAUAGUGAUAUAUAUCACACACAAGCACAUUCAAAUCACUGAUCUUAUUGGGUCAAUUUGCAAAAAGAAUACACUCCAUUCAAGUGUUUGUCCUCGUAUUCACUUGGAUUAACUCCUUGUGAGGACAGUGCUUAUAUUUAAUAGCACAAACAUUUAAUGUUUAACAACAUUGCAUUCUCACAUCAACAAAAGGCACAAACUGACAUACUUUGAGUCAUAGGAAAUAUUUUAAAAAUGUAAGUAGCUACAUAUCUUAUGCUUAGAACGGUUAACCUCUUCGCAGGACGCAAUCUGUUCGUGCUGUUUCUCAUCAACAAAUUAAUUUAAAAAAUGUAUUUCACAACAGGAAAAACUUACAUUAACAUUAACCUGAACUACUUGCAACAACCUGUGGUGUUUUCUCUGAAACCUUUAACUGUUACGUAUGAGUAGUACUUGCAAAUGCAACAUAGGAUAAUACUUUGUUACUGUCGUGUACAUAAUGAUCUGAGAGAGUAUUGCUGUUAGUUUUCAUGGGGCCACGUCACUUUGACACCAGAGUUUGCACUGACCUUGUUUAAUGUCAGGUUUGUAUCUGAGCGUGACUCACAGGAGCUGUUUUUAUGUUUGUUGGAUUUGUUUGUAAGAAGACGACUGCACAAAACUAAAGAUUGAGAUUAGGAAGGUCUAAUGAUCAGACGACACGCUGUAGAAGAGAAGGACUGUUACACGCUGGCAGUUACUCCUGCACUGUAUUGUGUGUAAUCAUUAUGAAAACAAUGUAACAAAUAGUAUUUGUGUUAUUUUAGAGGUUUUUAAAUGUUAUAGUCUUCCAAAUUAUUUGACUGUCUCACCAGUGUUUUACUGUUUUCUAGGUUUCUUGUCCUUCCCUCUCUGGCUUUCCUUACUUUAAAUGUAUUUUUAUUUUUACACACAUACUGUACACCUGUCCCUCUCUUCUGUCCAAGUGCCUGACCUCGGUCCGUUAGCCUGUUGUUCUCUGGAUCUUCAGCUGCUGUUUUAUUUUUUCUUCCAGUGUGCACUAGGCGAUGUAGCAGGAUUAUUUGUCAGUGUAGUUGUUUUUAUUGUGUGGUUACUUUUACUCAGUUGUAAUGUUUUUACAAUAAACCUGAUCUGAG